AAAAAUAAAAUUACUAGAGACAUCAGCUUAUACAUUAGCAGAGGCUCGGAGAGACUCGGAGACUCGGACCCUCCUCAGUAGCCCCAUACGGCACGUCGUUCUACAGUUCUUGUCGUCAUGGAGCUCAUGUCUCAUUCCUCCACGUUUCUCCUUCCGCCGCUGUUGACGUCCAAUCCGUCGCCGACGUAUGCGCUGGUGGUGCUUAACCAAGGCCUCCUGAGGUCCACUCCACUGCUGUGGAGCCACGCACAGCUGCGGUUGUGCGCUGACGGCGGUGCGAAUCGGCUUUAUGACGACAUGCCUCUGCUCUUGCCUCAUCAAGACGCCUCCGAUGUUCGCAAAAGGUACAAGCCUGACGUUAUCAAAGGUGACUUGGAUUCUAUCAGAAAGGAUGUCUUGGAGUUUUAUGCUAAUAUGGGAACAAAGAUAGUUGAUGAGUCUGAUGAUCAGGACACAACAGAUCUUCACAAGUGUGUGGCAUAUGUAUGUGACUGGGCGCAGAACUACGACAAGUCUGAUCUGUGCAUUCUGGUUGCUGGAGCGCUCGGUGGAAGGUUUGACCAUGAGAUAGGAAACAUCAACGUGCUCUGUCGAUUCUCGACCAUUCGGAUAAUCCUUCUUUCUGAUGAUUGCUUCAUCCACCUUCUCCCACAUACACACCGUCAUGAGAUACACAUUCAGUCUUCAGUUGAAGGUCCUCAUUGUGGACUUAUACCCAUUGGAACUCCAUCUGGAAGUACUACAACCACCGGGCUUCAAUGGGAUCUAAAUGAAACAGAGAUGAGGUUUGGUGGUCUGAUAAGUACUUCAAAUCUUGUCAAAGAAGACAAAAUAACAGUUCAAUCUGAUUCAGAUCUUCUUUGGACUAUAACCAUAAAAAGGCUGUAGUGCAGAGCAUAUGGAGAUGAGUUGCAAAAGCUAACAGAUCACCUCAUUUCCUUUCCUGCAUUGUCAUGGUUCAUCGAGUUAGCAGUGUUCAUAGUUAGAUGUUCGCCUUCAAUCUGCAUCUAGUUUUACCUGUUGCCCCUUCUUGAAUUCCUUUACGGUCUCUGCUCGGCUAGAUUGGAUUUUGUAUUGUUUUAGCAUCUUUAUCCCAUUAAAACAGUCGGAACUGUUGCAUUAUCUGUUCAGUUUGUACUACCAAUUAUGUUCAAGAGUCGAUAUUGCAAUUUGUAUUAUUCACGCA